AUGGUUCAACAAAAUAUCAGGAAAAUCCAAGAUAAACACAACCACACCAUCCUGACCAUCAAGCUGAAGCAAACAGACUUGCACAGCAUUUUGCCGACAGGACCAAUCGGCACACCUACCACAAAACCACAAGAGAAAGCCUUGGCUGACAAGGCGGUAAAGGGCAACCUUUUUGCAUGGGCCAAAGGAUACACGCAAAACAGACAGGCUAGAGUCACCUUCCAAGGAGCAAGCUCGACUUUACUCAGUCUAGAGAAUGGAACACCUCAAGGAGGCAUACUCAGCCCCUUCCUUUUCAAUGUUUUAAUGGAAAAAUUAGCCACAACCACCCUACCCAAUGGAGUUGAAAUAUUCAUUUAUGCAGAUGAUGUCUGCCUAGUCAGCACAGACAGACACAGAUCUCACCAGAACAUGCAGAGUGCAAUAAUACAAAUUGAAAAUAAAUGCAAAGACCUAGGUCUAAAAAUCAACACUGCAAAGACAAAAGCAAUGGCCAUCAAACACAGUCUAGACCCAAAUGAAAUACCAGCUCAUGGGUGA